GGGAGGCGAAAUCCGACUCACACGUCCUCGUCGUGCCUCCUGGAUCAUGGGACUGAUUCCAUGAACUAACCUGAGCGGUAACCCGGGUGGUGGAGAUCGGGCUAAUCACCCACUCUACCUAUACCCACCCCAUGAUUACGAAAACUACAAUGAAACAAUGCAUCCCUACUUAUGGUUCAAAAAAAGACAAAAAAAAAAAGCCCAAAAUUAUCAAAAACUUAAAUUUGGCCUAUGGAAUGUCCGUGGUUGCUCGCAGGAAAGUAAAUUACACCAGAUUGCUAGCCAAAUAACUGAACGUCAGUACCACCUAGCAGUGAUUACUGAAACCCGAAUGCCAAGCAAAAUACUGGAAAUGGAUGAAAACACAACCUUAUUCAACUGUAACCCAGACACAAACAAUUACAAAAACACAGGUGUUGCCUUCAUCAUCAAUAACCACACAAACAUCACAACAUCUCACUUCAAUGAAAUAAAUGGCAGAAUUGCAACAUUAAUGGUCCACUUCAAAUCAACAAAUCAGUCCCUCAACGUUAUUGGAUGUUAUGCCCCGACAGAAUCUUCAGAGGAUGACAAUCAAAAGGACAACUUCUACAUCUCACUAAAAAAGACAAUAAUGAGCAUAAAACAAAACAGACUACCAAUAGUCCUAAUGGGUGACUUCAACUGCAGACUUAGCCAAGAAUUACACACUAUGUAUCCCCACAUUAUUGGCGAUGCAAUCAGACUAGAAGAAGACACCUCACCAAAUGGCAUCCGAUUAAUCAACCUAUGCCAGUCAACCAGAUUAAAAGUCAUGAACACAUUCAUACAAAAACCACAAAACAAAUCAAUCACAUGGAUGCACCCAAACACAAAUGAUACAAACACCAUCGAUCUAAUUCUACUGGACAAUCAGCCCAAUCCAAAUAUUACAAUAUGCGACAUACACAACUCAAGAUCAUUGGACGCAAACUCAGAUCAUUUCAUGCUUACCACAAUAAUAAAACUCCAAUACAAACAAACAAACAAGAAACACACACACAAGACAUGCACACAAAAUAACUCAAGAACUACCAUACACUCAUUAUCCUCUGAUUAUCCUAUAUUAUUAACAAAUCUAUUAAAUGAAACAAAUGAUCUCACACAAGUAGAAAAAACCAUUAUGUAUGCUGCAUCCUUAACCGAAAAUCCCCGAAAAUCAGCAGCAAACCGAUGGCAAAUACAAAUCAGUGAAAACCUAAAAGAAGAAAUCAAACACAGAAAACAACUAAGACUUCAAUGGCUCAACAAUCCAACAGCAGAAAACAAAAACAAAUACAAUCAAGCAAACAAACAAUUAAAACAAAAAAUAAAAUCAUCUAAGGAAGAAUACAUUCAAAAGAAAGCCGAGGAAAUGAACGCCUUCUUUGAACAAAAUGACCUACACUCGGCGUAUAAAAUGGUCGAUGACUUACUAGCUACAAUAAGAAACCAAACAUACAAACAACGAUGAAAACAAAUAAAUAGCAAAACACUUCAACAGCAUUACCAAAACCUUUUCCAAUCAAUAACAACACUAAACCUUGAAUCCCCGAAUGUGAAUAAAUUCAAUGAUCUUCCUCUAACAACACAUGAACUUCAAGCAGUCAUCAAGAAACUGAAGAACAACAAAGCCCCCGGCAAUAGUGGCAUAACUAACGAAAUGAUCAAGCAUGGCGGGGAGAAACCACAAAGCAUCCUAUUAAAUAUUAUGAAUCAAUUUUGGACAAAUCCAAAUGAUAUCCCAGAUCACUGGCUAAAUGCUAACGUAAUAAGCAUUUACAAAAACAAGGGAUCGAAAUCAGAUCCAAACAACUACAGAAGUAUCUUUUUACUGGAUACCUUGAGUAAAAUAUUCGCUGGAAUAAUAUGUAAUAGACUAGUUCAACAAAUAGACAAUCAAAUACCACCAACACAAUUCGGAUUCAGAAAGCAUCUAUCCACCAGUCACGCAAUCACUACAAUCAGACAUAUUAUACAAUGCGCCCUUGACUCAAGGAAGACAAUAAUAAUCAUCUUCGUAGAUCUAACAAAAGCCUUCGACACUUUACCAAAGCAACUAAUUCAGAAUGCUCUAUCAAAAACAUGCCGAUCCCGAAACAUAAACUUAUGCAUGAAUAAACUACUAGACGAUCCAAAAGGCUUCCUAGCAAACACCAAAUUGAACUUUUUUAUGAAAAGAGGAGUCAAACAAGGAAGCAAAGAAGGUCCUUCUCUAUUCAACCUUGUAUUUAAGCAAAUUCUUGAACAAACAAUUGAUCACACUCUAAAGGGAGUCGAACUAAAAAAUCAAAACAACGAACCUUGGACGAUCAAACAUUUAGAAUAUGCUGACGACCUAUGUAUACUAGCCAACAAUACAGAAGAAGCAAGCAACUCACUAAAUGAACUACAAAAAUAUCUUCGAACGUUAAAUAUGGAAAUUUCAAUAUCAAAGACAAAAUACAUGAUAAUCAACAAACAAGAUAACCAAUCCUCAAUAACAAUUGAAAACAAACAAAUUGAAGAAAUCACAAACUUUCUCUACCUCGGGUCAAUAAUCAACAAUAAAGGAACAGCAAAUGACACAAUCACACACAACAUAUCCAAAUCUAAAAAUGCUUUGAUUAAAAUCUCACCUAUCCUAAAAAGCAACAAACUCCACAUAUCAACAAAAACGUCACUAAUCAAUACAUUAAUCAUUCCUCACCUCACAUACAGUCUAGAAUCCAUAGUAUUAAGAAAAACUGACUGGUCUAGACUAGAAGCUGUCCUUAAUACAGCACGUCGAAUAAUCCUCAAUAUCAAAGACAAGAAGGAACUCAACAUACAACAACUACAUGAAAAAAUUCGACUGCCCAACAUUGCAACAAAAAUAAUGCAAAAUCGCCUUAACCUAUGGUAUACAGCGAACAAAAGACCAAAUAACAUAAUAAUCAAAGCACUGACAAGCCACAUUGAGAAUCCGACAAAACAUCGAAACGCACACACAAAAAGUUGGAUUAGACAACUAAACCAAGAUAUCCAUGAAAUGAAAAACCAGCUACCUACAAAUUGGCAAGCCCAGCCAACAAAAGUAAAAAUCACAUCAUCAAACACACAUCACCCAAAAAUAAUCGGGCAAAGAGAUCUCACACACCCAUGUCAAAAUCCAAACUGUAACCGAAUGUUUGCUACAAAGAAAGAAAUGAACAGACACUACAGAAAUGAUCACAACACACGCAACACAGAUCCCAUAUCAACAACAUCAAACUUAAAAUGCCCUCUAUCAGACUGCAACAAAUCAUACACAACACUCGGAUGGCUAAACAGACAUAUAAAAUCAUGUCAUCCUCAGUAUUCUCAACAACAUAUUGAACACAACAAUAACACACACCCUAAAGACAAAAAAACACACAACACUGUCCAUUUUCAGGAUGCAACAAAACACUACCAAUGGCAAAAGGUAUCAUUAAUCAUUGCUAUGUAGUACACAGAUGGUCAGCAAUCACUGGACAGGAAGUAAAGCCAAAGAAAAAAAUAACUGCGAAAACAGCUAUUGAGCCCCGGUAAUUGUACCUUGCUUCAUUGUAGCCUCUACUCCAGAAGGGCCAAUAGGCUUCACCAACCAGUUUGGCUGGAAGGGGCACCACAGGGAUGGGAGGCAAAAUCCGACUCACACGUCCUCGUCGUGCCUCCUGGAUCAUGGGACUGAUUCCAUGAACUAACCUGAGCGGUAACCCGGGUGGUGGAGAUCGGGCUAAUCACCCACUCUACCUAUACCCACCCCAUGAUUACGAAAACUACAAUGAAACAAUGCAUCCCUACUUAUGGUUC